AUGGCCCAGCAAGCAGCAAGGACAUGGACUCCGCCUGAGCUCAAGGCACUUCGUGCAUUGACAAGACACCACUCGACAAUAACACCGCGUCUGUUGAUUGUAAAGAAAUCCAACCAGGGGAAGGCCGGACUCGUUCCAGGAGGGGUUCUCUCGUCAGUGGUCUGGGAAGUCGUGCCGGGGAUCCGACUGGGUACUGUCUUUGGCACGGAUGUGUUCUGGGCUAUGUCGGAGGGGGAGAGACAUGUUAUUAGGGAGACUUUUAGGGAGGGGCUUACGAAGCUUUCUAAAUGGGGCGAUUGUCCCAUCGAAAGCGGAGGCGAGAGUCUCGUCUGGGACCGCGCGACAUCAACCCUGUAA